AUGUCAUGCCAGGACGCCAUCGGCGGGGUAUGGGAAACAUUCCCCGGCGUCACCGAAGCUGUCGAGAGCUACAAGAUUGCUGAGCCUGAUCGUGAAUCAGGCGGACUGAAGCGAGGUGUCGCAACCGAAAAGACUGUGUUUGAUCAGACCUCACAAAGACUACAGCGUCUUCUGUCCUCGUCUAAAUUCCACAACCAUAAUGCCCAGAUACAACAACCAGAGGCAGGGCUCGAUGCGAAAACUACAUCGCAAAUAUUGGACGAUCUAGGAACUCUUACUCGGCAGCUUCGUAUGCUUAAAGUUGAUCUUGUCAAUGCAGGCAGAGGAAAGGAGGUACUAGACAAGAUUCGUGGAAAGUUGGAUUUCGGGACAGGGCAAAAUGAGAAUGCCAGAACACGGCUCCAGAUGCAACUGGAAGAUAUUUCCGACACAAAUCGGACUCUGGCCUCCCGGACAUUUUACGGGCAGACCUUACUAUCCCACGCAUUUCACGCGCCAUAUGCGACUCAUUUCUGCAAGUGCCUCAACAACGCGUCACGGAGGGCAACCGCCACCUUCAACCUGCUCAAUGACAAAUACAGAUGCCGCUGUCAUGAUCCCCAUAUGAUCUACGUUCGGUGCCCUGCCGUCACGACGAACUCUGCUGUCGAACAAUUGAAUACAGCAGGAAACGCAAAGCCACUUAAGGUCACCAUGCAACCCAAAGAAGGUGGCGCCAUAGAAGACAAGGCCUGCUCAUUCAAAGCCUUACUCGUAGAGCAGGAAACAAGGCCGAUUCUACCAUUACAAGGGUGGAUUCGUUUACAGCGCGCUGAUCUCGACUGGAAACGGCGCAUAGAGCUGGCCUUACAGCUCAGCUUUGCUGUCAUUCAGCUAUCGCUCACCCCUUGGAUUGACGACUCGUGGACUUGGGAUAAUUGGGCAAUUGCGACUGACACGAUUUCGCAUCGGUCAGGGCGACCGUUACUUUUCUGCCGACAUUUUGGAUCCUCCAUCUCAAUCCAUGGAACACAGUCAUCGACAUCGUCGGUCUGGUCCAUUCUUUCCCCUGAACCCAUCCUGGCAAGACUCGGCCUUUGCUUGAUUGAAAUUGCGUUCGGGAAGACUGUUUCCGAGAUACGCCGUGAAGGUGCAGACGAUGAUGAAAUAGUGGACAACCAUGAAGUCGACUCUGAGUCUCUUGAUUUGAUCACAGCUAAGGAGCUGUUCGACUCUCGGAGGAUCCGCCAUCAGUUUGGAGAGCCUUUUGAGAACGCUGUCAAAGCUUGUAUCCACCAGCAGUUCAGAGCGGAAAAGAACGGCGACAUCAUUGAACUUGACUCCCGAGACCCAUCAUUCUUGCGGAAUGCCGUGGAUUCCAUUAUUUCGCCUCUUCAGUUACAGGCAGAAACCUAUCUCCGAGCUGAGCUGCGUGACAGUGUCCCUGUUAAGAACACGCUGAACAAGAUUUUGACUGAUCCCUCACCAACUCGCCAAAAUACUACAGAGCCGGUUCAUCGAGAUGUUGUCGAGCCAUUGAAGGCGAAUACUUUACUCCAUGACAAAAAUGAAUCUCUCGCGGUAGAACCGGGAUCAAGCGACACACAAGGGUCCCUUUCGAGGAUUGACCUUAGCAGCGACCGCAAAGCAGAGGCUGGGACGCGUCUUGGACUUGAGACCAUAGAUCUGGCAGCCCGUCCUAAGAAGACUGACGUCUCACACUCAGUCACUACAAAAGCGUAUACCGGGACGAGGGAUGUAUCAAACCCCAUGCCGGCGCAAUCUCGGGGCCGGGGACAGAACCUCCCCAUCGGAUCCGCCGGCGAGCGAAGUCAUUUGCGCCUUCCGUCACCGAGUGGCCAAUCCAUGGAAGAAUCAGAGUGGACUUAUGGCUCGAUGACUGAAACGACAGAGUCUGCACGUGCGUGGGCGGCCGAGGUCCUAGACGAGCCACCAGGGGGAACACGCAAUUCAGUUCUCUCCAGCAUUGCGCCUGUGGUUUUGCGUAUCGUCCUACGACACUUUCGUGCUUGGACGGAGAGAACUCCUGGUUCAGGCAAUGGGACCGCAGCUUCAUCCGGCCCGCUGAGUGGCGGACGGCCAAACAAACGACCUCGAAAACAGCCUGGUCGAGGGGGCCCUCCCGAUGACAACGGUGAUGACGAUGAUGACGAGGCUGAGCAGAAUGGAGACCGCAAGCGAAAGAAAAACAACGAAGAUGAUGUGGACAACAAAACCCUGGCCUGUCCGUACUUCAAGAAGGACCGUCGGGCGUACGGAAGUUGUUGUGGUAGAAAGCUAAGCAGGAUCCGUGACGUCAAACAACACCUAAAAAGACGGCACUACCUACCGAUAUACUGCUCAUUCUGCAACGAAGUAUUCACAGACGAGAAGAUUAGAGAUCAGCAUGUCAUCCGGAGGAACUGCGAGAGGGGAACAUGGCCAGAGCCUGAGGGGGUCAGUCUCAUGCAACAACAAGAACUCAACAGACGAGCAAACAGACAGCUUCCAGAAGAUGAACAGUGGCAUGCAAUUUUUAGAAUCCUUUUCCCAGACGCCCCCCGGCCAUCUUCAGCAUACAUCGACCCAAGCCUCUCCGACAGCGCCUUGGCAUAUCAAGAGUAUGUGACAAUCCGCGGACCCGAGAUUUUGCGACGGACUCUUGCAGAAAGCGGUGCUGUUGUCACAUUGAGUGAAACCAAUGUCGAUGAUGUCGAUAACUUUCUUCGCCAUAUUCUGGGAGAAGGCUUAGAGGCCAUUGCGAAGGCCUGGGCCGAGGAGAAAGCGCCCGUUGCUGUAGAAAUGCCAAACACGGGGGUCGUGACGCCGAGCGAAGGCGAGUCACUGGAGAUGGUAAAUGCCAGCGCAUCUUCUGUCUUCCCCAGCGGCAGUCUUUCGUCUGCGUCAAUGCCAGACUACUCGGACUAUGCCCGCAGUCAUCCCGACGUGUUCUCUUGGUCAGAACAUCAUGAUCUAUUAUAUAAUCAGAUCCCUGAUCUGGGUUCGAUGGGUUUGUUGACCGAAGAUGAUCUUGAUGAUGUGCAGAGGGCUCUCCAGCAAUCUUCGAUUCCGGAUGCGAAUGGUGCUGCGCCUUGGCAGUAUUACACACAUAACCGGCCCAUGGGACGAUAA